AUUCGAAUUGAACUAUAAUUUAAACUUUAGCUCAACUUCCCCAACAAACGGGGAUGCGCACGCCUCAUGCGUAAGAUCCGGGCUCGAGGAAGGAUGAAUGUUAAUUUCAAAGAUGGCGGCGGAGGGAGGAGGGAAGGAGAUGAACGAAAUUAAAACUCAGUUCACUACAAGGGAAGGCGUGUAUAAACUCCUCACCCACUCCGAAUAUAGCCGUCCCAACAGGGUGCCUUUCAAUUCCCAGGGAUCGAACCCCGUUAAAGUCUCCUUCGUAAACGUCAAUGACCAAUCUGGGAACGGCGACAGAAUCUGUUUCAAUGUGGGCCGGGAGCUGUACUUCUACAUCUACAAAGGCGUUAGAAAGGCGGCAGACUUGAGCAAACCCAUCGACAAGAGAAUAUACAAAGGAACGCAACCCACGUGUCACGACUUCAAUCACCUCACGGCCACAGCAGAGAGCGUCUCUCUGCUGGUGGGCUUCUCGGCCGGUCAGGUGCAGCUCAUCGACCCCAUCAAGAAGGAGACCAGCAAGCUCUUCAACGAGGAAAGAUUAAUAGACAAGUCCAGAGUGACUUGUGUGAAAUGGGUGCCCGGCUCAGAGACUUUGUUCCUCGUCGCCCAUUCCAGUGGGAACCUGUACUUGUACAACGUGGAACACGCCUGUGGGACAGCGGCGCCGCACUACCAGUCGCUCAAACAGGGCGAGAACUAUGCGGUGCAUACGUGUAAGAGCAAGGCCGCACGGAACCCCCUGCUCAAAUGGACUGUGGGCGAAGGGGCGCUCAACGAGUUCGCCUUCUCUCCCGACGGGAAGUUCCUGGCGUGCGUGAGCCAGGACGGCUUCCUUCGGGUCUUCAACUUCGACGCGGUGGAGCUCCACGGGACCAUGAAGAGCUACUUCGGGGGUCUGCUGUGCGUGUGCUGGAGUCCCGACGGAAAGUACAUUGUGGCGGGCGGCGAGGACGACCUGGUGACCGUGUGGUCGUUUGUGGAUUGCCGGGUUAUCGCGCGUGGUCACGGACACAAGUCCUGGGUGAGCGUGGUGGCCUUCGACCACUACACGACCAGCGUGGAUGACGCUGACCCAAUGGAGUUCAGCGGCAGCGACGAGGACUUCCAGGACCAGAUCCACUUUUGCCGCGAUCGGGCUAACAGCGCGCAGUCCCAGCUCUCCAAGCGCAACUCCACAGACAGCCGGCCGGUUCAGGUCACCUACAGGUUUGGCUCGGUGGGCCAGGACACCCAGCUGUGCUUUUGGGACCUCACCGAAGAUAUCCUGUUCCCCCACCUCCCACUUUCCCGGACCAGAACGCACACCAAUGUAAUGAACGCCACCAGCCUCCCGGUGGCGGUGGGUGUGGCUGUGCCGGCUGGAUUCGGCGGUGGCAUGGUGAACAAUGUGAGUGCUAACCCCAGCACCAACGGCAACAGCAGCGGGGCCAACACCCCCGGCAACUCUCUCCCCGCCAGCCUGCCACGCUCUAACAGCUUGCCGCAUUCUGCCGCCACAACCGCCAACAGCAUUGGCAGCGCCAUGGACAGUGCCAUCGCCACGGGCGUCAGCAAGUUCGCCACGCUCGCCCUUCACGACCGCAAGGAGCGCCACCACGAGAAGGACCACAAGCGGAACCACAGCGUGGGCCACACGAGCAGCAAGAGCAGUGACAAGCUCAACAUGCUGACCAAAACCAAAAUGGACCCCGCAAAGACUCUGGGGACACUGCUCUGUCCCCGCAUGGAAGACAUUCCCCUACUAGAACCCCUCAUCUGUAAAAAGAUAGCACACGAAAGACUGACUGUCUUGAUAUUUCUUGAAGACUGUAUAGUGACAGCUUGUCAGGAAGGAUUUAUUUGCACAUGGGCAAGGCCUGGCAAAGUGGGUUUAUUGUCAUCCCAAAACCAAGCCAGCUCUCCCAGUGGAACUGUAGUAUAGCCUACACUAUUUCUGCUGCUAAGAAACCUGCGUUAAAGAGACGUAUUGUCACCAGAGCCUGGUGCGGCUCGACACCCUG